AUGACGGCGACGCUGAUUGAAACCCAAGCUAAAACUAGCUGGUUAUUUAAUAGCAGGCGUUUAAGAGUCUUAUUUUGCGCUAUUUUACUUUCCCUCCUUUGGUUCUUCUUAGAUGAUUACAGCAGGGAAGAGGACAGUGCGACCUAUAGGGCAUCUAUCGCUGCUAUUCCACAAGCGAGAACUCUCUCACAACAUAAAAUAGUUGAUAGCAACAGCUGUCAGGACCCUUACAGCAAAUUCGGGAGGUUACAGGUGGACCUGCAGACGAAACAGGAAAAUGUCUGGAUACCCUACGACAAAGACUGCCAACCGCCGAGGCUGAUGGCUAGCCUCCUUAAUAACUUAGACCUCGACAAUCAUUGGUCUCCAGCCUCUUCUCCUUCUACUCACAGUCAGGAUUUCGAAGACAUCUCUUUCGUCAAAAACAAGACUGUUCUGGUAGUUGGAGAUAGCAUCGCAAGAGAAACAGUCAGAUACUUCUGUGAACUCCUUGGAGAGGACGUUGUCAACCUCAAUGACGACCACCCUUGGUCACCUUUUAAAGAAUACACGAGCGGUGAGAGAACAAGACGGCGAGCACCACGCGAGAGUAGCUUACCAAACGUCUGUUAUAUACCCUCAAUUGAUUUCAUGAUCAUACAAAUGUUCCAUUUCGGUUUAGACCAGGAAGAAUUCUUCAAAGACAAGGAACAAUAUAAUCCACCAAACAACUUCGAAGAUAGACUUAAAGUACAUGGAAGAGAUGUCUUCGAUUAUAUCCACAAUGACAAGAACCCACCUGAAAUGUUCGAAGGUGCCGUACCACGCAAAACACCAAAACCGGACUUGGUUGAAGUGAGCUCUACGCUUUGGGAUCUCGCACGUUUUGCAAAGAUUGAUAUAAAUAAAAAUACCUCAACAUUAACAGAUUUGGAAGAAGAUAGAUUAGAUUUCUAUAUGAAUAGAAUGACGGACGUUUUGGAUACGACACUUGAAGAGUUUCCGGAUUCACAGCUGGUCUGGCGUACGUCUCACUAUCCUUCAGAUUGUAACAAUAAUAAACUCGACUGGAUUGGAAGGGAUUUAGCUAGACUUGAGCAAGAGCGAGAACAUCAAAAUAAACCCUACUUUCAUUCAAAUAGGUUGUUUCAACUUGAGCAAGCUACUAGGCAUGUUCUCAGUCAACCAGAUUAUCAAGACCAAGUGAGAAUCAACGAAUGGGGACAUCUCAUGUUUGGUCAACAUGCUCACCAAAUAGAUCAAUUACACCCAUCGAUGCUUCCAGGAGGGUGGCUAUGGGGAGAUACCAUGCUUUACGAGCUCAGAAGGGCUGUUGAAUUAGCCUCAUACUAUUAAGUAUGAAACAUAACACAAGGGCAGGUCCCUAGUGCAGUUUUAAAUUAUACUUGUCGAGCUUACUAUUAC